AUGGAUGACUCACAUCAGAGACAUCUUGGUGGCUCCAAUGAUCAAACACAACCCACGGUGAGCACUAGCAACAUAAACAACGAGUAUCCAUCAAUGCCUUCGUACACUGCCGCAUAUGCUACUGCUUUACAAUAUACGUCAUCCACUAGCAGAAUUAGAAAUAUGAUUGAUAUUAGAGGUGAGAUGUCGGGACUUGAAAUAGGAUCCGGGUUCAAUGAUGAGUCUACCACCUUAGAUCAGAUCAGCCUUGAAAUAGAUACACAUUUACAGCUUUUAAAGGAAAUGCAAUUUACAGGUUACAAUUAUUUGAAGCCUAUUGGAAUCAGUAAGAAUAUGAGACAGUUCAAGGAGGUAGAGGAGCAACGUCAUUCUGAAGGAAAUACAGAUGCUGAUUACGGGGAAGGUUUAAUGUCUGUUGAUGCAUUUCAGACCACGACGAGUUUCGGUAACGAUACCUACAGAGCUGGUAAUAUGGCAAUCGAUGAAGCAGGGGUGGUAGAUGGUAUCAAUGAUCGUGGGGCAGAGGGCACCUCUAUUCUAGACCAUGAUUUAGAUGCAAAUUUGUCUGAUCGUGAUGCCAGUGCUACGUUUGGAAGUUUUAUCGACGAAGAUUCAGGGGAAGAAGAUGUUAUUGAUGAAGAGAGUAAUAAUCGGCAUGGUACUGCCUAUGUAGAUGUGCAAAAUGUUGAGAUACCAGCUGGUGGACAGGAUGGCGACGAAGAAGGACAGUUCUUCAUGGUUUCAGAGGAAUAUCAAUCGGACCACGGCAUUUCAGAGCACUCCAAAAGAAGCAGAUCAUUUUCGUUUUUGGGAAAUUCCAGUUUUACGCAGAUGCAGGCACAUAACGAUGUUCCACUUCCGUCAACUCCACCACCUCCUCCGCAGAUCAAUGGACUCAACUCUGGAGCUACCAUCGAUACCAUUGGAACUGUGGCCACUACAGCUACUAUAAACUCCAAUACAGUUCAAACUACAGGCAUCACUUCCCCACUCGAAGACGGUAUUCAGGCAGAUACAUCAGAUCAUGACAUGUCAGUUCAAUAG